CGGGGCUCGUCAGUCAAGCCGGCUCUCGGUUUGCACUCGGCAGCACGGGCAGGCGAGUGGUCCCUGGUUCCGGGAGCAGAGCAGCAGUGCCCCAGUCCCGGUCUCCCGGCUCGCCUGCCCGCCCAGCACCAGGAUGGCCACUAUCACCUGCACUCGCUUCACGGAAGAGUACCAGCUCUUCGAGGAACUGGGAAAGGGCGCCUUCUCGGUGGUACGCAGGUGUGUGAAGGUGCUGGCUGGCCAGGAAUAUGCUGCCAAGAUCAUCAACACCAAGAAGCUCUCGGCCAGAGACCACCAGAAACUGGAGCGUGAAGCCCGCAUCUGCCGCCUGCUGAAGCACCCCAACAUUGUCCGACUCCAUGACAGCAUCUCUGAGGAAGGACACCAUUACCUGAUCUUUGACCUGGUCACCGGGGGGGAGCUGUUCGAAGACAUCGUGGCCCGGGAGUACUACAGUGAGGCCGAUGCCAGUCACUGUAUCCAGCAGAUACUGGAGGCCGUGCUCCACUGCCACCAGAUGGGGGUGGUGCAUCGGGACCUGAAGCCUGAGAAUCUGCUGCUGGCCUCCAAGCUCAAGGGCGCUGCGGUGAAGCUGGCUGACUUUGGCCUGGCCAUAGAAGUAGAAGGGGAGCAACAGGCCUGGUUCGGGUUUGCAGGGACACCUGGAUACCUCUCCCCAGAAGUGCUGCGGAAGGACCCAUAUGGAAAGCCUGUGGACCUGUGGGCCUGCGGGGUCAUCCUGUACAUCCUGCUGGUUGGGUACCCCCCAUUCUGGGAUGAAGACCAGCACCGCCUGUACCAGCAGAUCAAAGCCGGUGCCUAUGAUUUCCCAUCUCCAGAAUGGGAUACCGUCACUCCAGAAGCUAAGGACUUGAUCAAUAAGAUGCUGACCAUCAACCCAUCCAAGCGCAUCACGGCCGCUGAGGCCCUCAAGCACCCCUGGAUCUCGCACCGGUCUACUGUGGCCUCCUGCAUGCACAGACAGGAGACCGUGGACUGCCUGAAGAAGUUCAACGCCAGGAGAAAACUGAAGGGAGCCAUCCUCACCACCAUGCUGGCCACCAGGAACUUUUCUGGAGGGAAGAGCGGUGGAAACAAGAAGAACGAUGGUGUGAAGGAAUCAUCUGAGAGUACCAACACCACCAUUGAAGAUGAAGACACCAAAGUGCGGAAACAGGAAAUUAUAAAAGUGACAGAGCAGCUGAUUGAAGCCAUAAGCAAUGGAGAUUUUGAGUCCUACACGAAGAUGUGCGACCCUGGAAUGACGGCCUUUGAACCAGAGGCUCUGGGGAACCUGGUCGAGGGCCUGGACUUCCAUCGAUUCUAUUUUGAAAACCUGUGGUCCCGAAACAGCAAGCCCGUGCACACCACCAUCCUGAACCCCCACAUCCACCUGAUGGGCGACGAGUCAGCCUGCAUUGCCUACAUCCGCAUCACCCAGUACCUGGACGCUGGCGGCAUCCCUCGCACCGCUCAGUCGGAGGAGACCCGCAUCUGGCACCGUCGGGACGGCAAAUGGCAGAUCGUCCACUUCCACAGAUCCGGGGCGCCCUCCGUCCUGCCGCAUUGAAGGACCAGGCCGGGG